GAGGUGAGAGGUCAGCAGGAAGUCGAUACGUGGCCGCCGCCUGUCCCCCGCCGAGGAGGCGCUGCGAGCGGAGAUGGCGGCGCAGCUGAACGUAGAGCAACUCGAGGUGUCGCUCGACGGCCUCACGCUGAGCCCGGACUCGGAGGAGCGGCCCGGCGCGGAGGGUGCGCCGCUGCUGCCGCCGCCGCCGCUGCCCUCGCCCCCCGGGGCUGGCCAGGGCCCGGGCGCUGCGGGGCAGCCGCGGGAGCCCGGGGAGGCGGCGGCCGAGGGCGCGGCCGAGGAGGCGCGGCGGAUGGAGCAGCACUGGGGCUUCGGCCUGGAGGAGCUGUACGGCCUGGCGCUGCGCUUCUUCAAAAUAAAAGAUGGCAAAGCCUUUCAUCCAACUUAUGAAGAAAAACUGAAGUUUGUGGCACUACAUAAGCAAGUUCUCUUGGGCCCAUAUAACCCAGACACUUGCCCUGAGGUUGGAUUCUUUGAUGUAUUGGGGAAUGAUAGGAGGAGAGAAUGGGCAGCCCUGGGAAACAUGUCCAAAGAGGAUGCCAUGAUAGAGUUUGUGAAGCUUCUAAAUAGGUGUUGCCCUCUCCUCUCAGCAUAUGUCGCAUCCCACAGAAUAGAGAAGGAAGAGGAAGAAAAAAGAAGAAAGGCGGAGGAGGAGCGAAGGCAGCGGGAAGAGGAAGAACGAGAACGUCUGCAAAAGGAAGAAGAGAAGCGGAAGCAAGAAGAGGAGGAGCGACUCCGGCGGGAGGAAGAAGAGAGGCGGCGAAUAGAAGAAGAGAGGCUUCGGCUGGAGCAGCAAAAGCAGCAGAUAAUGGCAGCUUUAAACUCGCAGACUGCCGUGCAGUUCCAGCAGUAUGCAGCCCAGCAGUAUCCAGGGAACUAUGAGCAGCAGCAGAUCCUCAUCCGCCAGCUGCAGGAGCAGCACUACCAGCAGUACAUGCAACAGUUGUAUCAAGUCCAGCUUGCACAGCAACAGGCAGCAUUACAGAAGCAACAAGAAGUAGUAGUGGCUGGGGCUUCAUUGCCUACAUCAUCAAAAGUGAACACAACUGGAGCAAGUGAAAUGAUGUCAGUUAACGGACAGGCCAAAACCCACACUGACAAUUCUGAAAAAGAACUUGAGCCAGAAGCUGCAGAAGAAGCCUUGGAAAAUGGACCAAAAGAAUCUCUUCCAGUGAUUGCAGCUCCAUCCAUGUGGACAAGACCACAGAUCAAAGACUUUAAAGAGAAGAUUCGGCAGGACGCAGAUUCUGUGAUCACAGUGCGCCGAGGAGAAGUAGUCACCGUUCGAGUCCCCACUCAUGAAGAAGGGUCCUACCUCUUUUGGGAAUUUGCUACAGACAGUUAUGACAUUGGGUUUGGGGUUUAUUUUGAAUGGACAGACUCUCCAAACGCUGCUGUCAGUGUGCAUGUCAGUGAGUCCAGUGACGAUGAGGAGGAGGAGGAAGAAAAUGUUACUUGUGAAGAGAAAGCCAAAAAGAAUGCCAACAAGCCUCUGCUGGAUGAGAUUGUGCCUGUGUACCGGCGGGACUGUCAUGAGGAAGUAUAUGCAGGCAGCCACCAGUAUCCAGGGAGAGGCGUCUAUCUCCUCAAGUUUGAUAACUCCUACUCUCUGUGGAGGUCCAAGUCAGUCUACUACAGAGUCUAUUACACUAGAUAAAGCUUGUGCAGAGUCUGGAGUUUAGGAUUGGGCAGAAAAUGACACAUUUUCUUUUGACUUUUGUGGCGCAUAGGAGUCAGUGUUUACCUUCUCAAUUUUGUUCUGAUGAUUUAUGAACUCUUGCUGGGAACCAGGAUUCCUUGAGACUCUAACAUUAAUGCUCUGAGGUGAACAACAGUUCCGGAGACUCAUCCAGCCCUUGGGUGUUGACCAGCCAGAGCCACUAGUGAAUCCUGGAGUUAUGUGAGCUGCGUGCUAAAUAUUCAGUCUCUAAAAUAAAUGUCCCAGCGUUGACGCGACCUGGCUGGUGGGUAGUCCAUUGCUGUCUGCUCUGUGUGUUCCCCCAGAGCCCUCGGUUACAGCUCUGCUUGUAAUGUUUCUGUUGUAGUCUGCUUCAGAGGCAACUGGCUUUGACUAAAGCUCAACAAUUUGAAACUUUAAAACUCAAGACUUCACGGAUUAUAGAAGAGAAAGAAAUUGCCUCAAAUUGGUCUUACCUGAAUAACCCCGGUUGUUUUGCUUUGGUACAGCUAUUUAGUUAGUGAUGGUACAGAGAAUUAUUUUCUGAGAGAAUCUUAAACUUAGAGUAUUCAAACCCAGUAGGUAAUUGAUAUGUAAAGAUUCUUAGAACACCUCAGCAUCCUCCUACCAAGUCCCUCAGACUCUCCUGUCUGCCAUUCACACUUCUGAUAACACAACAAAACUAGUUGAUUUUCUUUUGACAUAGUUUUGUGGAGUAUCAUAAAUUGAAAUUAAAAUGAAAAGCAUACAGCCAAGAGUUUUAUAAACUCAAAUUGGCAUCUACUGAAUUAAAAUAUGCAAAAUCACUUUAGUAUAAUUCAGUGAGGAUUACCAUUGCACUAACAGGAAAUCACUGCCAGAGACAGUCCAAAUUCCUUUCUGUUUGUUACUAGGGUACAAACCGUUCCAGAGUCCCAGUAUGGAAUUGCAUACUGGAGAAAAUUGGAAGUGCACAGGCCCGUGCUUAAAUGUUACAGCUCUGAUCUGUAUUAUGUCUUGCUGGUAAGAAAAGGCAAAUCUUUUGCUUUCUUAUUAAAACAAAUCCACAUGUUCAUCAUUUGAAAUUUGUAUAAGUGGCUAAUUAUCUAGAGCGAGGGUAGUAUAGAUAGAAAAUGACAGAGACAAUGUGUACCUAGUGCUGUUUUGUCACUGAAGACUUAAGAUUUAAUUUUGAUAUCACAGAUGACUUCCAGGGAUCCCACUGGCUAGCUGCAGUGUGCACAGUUCACUACAUUCAGGCUAUUUGAGGUUUCCAUACGCUGCAUUUUUUUUCUGUUUUUAAUACCUGGUUUUAUAGGUAUUUAACUCUGUUCUUUUUGGUUGUUAAGAAACUGGAUUACUUUCUCCUAACCAGUGCUUAAUUUGUGUUUUUGAAUUUUCAUUCAGAAGUAGUUGAAUGUCUUUGCUGUUACACCCAGAAUAUUCAUUCGGCUGCCCCACAGCUUUUCUGUAUAUAUAGAAACCACAGAGUUAGGAUUUUUUUUAAUGAGAAAAAAUACUGUAUUUAAAAUGUAAAAUAAACUUUUAAAAAGCAGGCACUAAUAUAUAUUUCUUUCAGCCUUUGAUUACAAUUUUGUCCUUGCACAUGUUAAGAUAAAUUAUCUUCUAAAAAUAAUUGUUCUUGGGAGCAGUGUAUGUCACUUUACAUAGCAGUUUCUGUCACGUGUUCAUAUCUGAACACUUUUGGUUCUAAACUUUUUUAUUGCCUUUGGCUGUUUAUUAGUACCAUACAAGUGCGAUUUCAAAAAGAUCUUGAAAGUAAUAUAUUUAAUCAAUUAAAAUGUUUAUCUGUAACCUCUUGAUGUUUCUGUUAAUACAGUUCCCUGAACCAUUUA